AUGGAAGACAGAACUCAGAAUCCAGAGCCUUAUAAGAAGGCAAAAGUAGUUGGCAAAGCAUCUUACUGCACUUACAUUACAUGGAAAAUUUCAAGAUCAAACAGAGAAGCACCACCUGCUCACUAUGCAUUGAAGAUUGAGUCUUUCUAUGAGUUGCCUGAAAUUAUGAAGAAGGCUAAAUUUGACAAGCAUGAAUCUGGAGUUUUUGAACUUGGCGGUUACAAAUGGAAAUUAAUGAAGUAUCCGAAUGGAGAUACGACAAAAAAUGGUUAUGGUCACAUCUCUCUCUACUUGGCAAUGGUAGAAACGGAAGCAGCUCUUAAGGGGAAUCAGGUUGAUGUCACCCUCAAAUUCUUUGUUUAUGAUCAUAUUCGAGAUGAGUACUUGACUAUUGAAGAAGGGAAAGUAAAGAAUUACCAUUAUUUGAAAACUGAGCAUGGUUUUGACCAAUUACUCCCUCUCACAACUUUCGAAGAUCCGUCUAAUGGUUAUCUUGUUGACGAUUGCUGUGUACUCGGAGUUGAGGGAGAGCUGAAUGAGAAGGAUAGAAGUCUGUCUCUAUUUCUAGAACUAGAUGCCUGCAGUUCUGGAUUACCUCAACAAGUAUAUGUAGAAUAUAAGCUACUGGUAAAAGCUCAAGUCAAUAAGAAUCAUCAUGAACGUACAGUUUACAAGUUUUUUAAAUACUUGGGAAUUAAUUGGGGUUUUCGAAGUUUCACGCCGUUGAGUUAUCUCCAUGAUCCUUUGAAGGGAUUUGCAGUGAAUGAUUCUUUGAUUGUUGAAGCAAAAAUUACCAGCAUCUCUGUCACUGAAGCUCUCUCCUGA